UACCACUAAAAUACCUACUAACAAUUCAAUUUCCCUCUCUGCAUUAAACAAACCUAUACCCACCCGUGCCACCGCCCCCAAUCUCGAACAAGUACCUCCUAUAUUCACAUGCUUCCCCCACCUUACCUCAGCUCUCAUCUCCAAACAUCCUUGCGCAGAAUCAAAGAGGGAAUGAAUAAAAUAAAAUAAUCAAUAACUACCUACCUAUCUACCUACCUACCUUAGUAACUAAUAAAAACAAUUCCAUCAAACCUCCUCUUAGCCCAUUGUAAAAAUGCUCAUCCGCACCCUCCCCCUCCCCACCCCCCUCACAAUCCCAACCGAGCCCCUAACCCCCAGCUCCUUCGCCCCCUUCGGCGCCGUCCUCACCAACCCAGCCCCCGACCUCCGGCCCUCCGCAGCCGCUUCUUCUUCUUCCCUCCUGCCCCAAGGCUACGGCGCCGUGUCCGCCAACCAGGGCACCGCCAUCCAGUACCGGGGCUUGGCGCCGCCGCUGCGCGACCUGUAUGCCCAGGCUCCGAGCGGCAAGGGGGCCACGCCGCGGACCACUAUGUUUGUGUGCGGGGCGCGGGAGUUGGAGUCUGAGUCUGGAAGGGAGGAUGGUGCUGGUGCCGGUAGCAACAGCGCGGGCCUGUUCACCGUGCAGGUCCUCGAGCGCCACCCCUUCACCACGCAGACUUUCAUCCCUCUCACCACUUCCUCUUCCUCCUCACCAGUCCAAUACCUAGUCAUCGUAGCGCCGACGCUGCCCCCCGCCGCCGCAGACAACGCCCUCCCCGUCCCCGAAGACACACACGCCAAGCUCCCGGGCCCCGGCAUGCCGGACCUAAGCCGCAUCCGCGCGUUCCUGGCGACGGGCUCGCAGGCCGUGACUUACGGCGCGGGGACCUGGCACGCGCCGAUGGCAGCGCUCGGCGCGCCUGGCUCCGCGGUCGAUUUCGUCGUCGUGCAGUUUGCCAACGACGAGCCGGUCGAGGAUUGCCAGGAGGUGGCUCUCGAGGGAGCGGGGGAGGAUGGCCCGAGGAUAAGGGUGAGGGUGCUGGGGCGGAAGGGGGAGGUUUCGAAACUAUAGGAGGGGAGUAAGGGUUGGGAAGUUUGGGGGGGCUUGGAAGGGGGAGCGGGGGUAUGGGUAUGUGACCCUAAGAUGCCUACCUGAUGCAUGUAUGUUAUUACUACCCUAUUUAGUACGGAGAAGAGGGUUAGAAUGUUAGUUACCAGUCUUUGUUAAGACUCUAAUAGCUACCUAAGUACUUAAAUAAUCAUCUAUGCAAGAGGUGCCUUAUUUUAGACACCAUCUCACCGUACCGGUCUCAGGGGCAAGGAACCUAGACGCCCCUAUUUCAGAGGUAUUCCCAUCUACGAAGCAUAUCACAUCGGAAUUCAAGCACGCAUUCUACGCCGUCAUUUCUUAGGAAAUGCCAAUUGAUUAGGAAGCUAAGUAGCUAAAACAGUCUGAUGAGUAAUUAAAAGGAGGCUACUCCCCAAGUCCAAAAAUAAAACAGUCCAUAAUUGCCUGUACGUGCGAUCGUGAUGUCCCUCUUGUCUGUUCGGCGUCGCAGUAUGGUUCGUGGAGUGGAGAGCGUAGUAAAGAAACAGAAGAUAGGAAACCGAUCCGUGCUCAAAGUUGCAAAAUUAGUCGUAGUAGUUGCUUUUUUUUUUUUUU